CAAAAGCGCAGCCGGAUCGCUGAGCAGGACAGAGAGGUGGAGAAGACGGAGCAGUGCGAGACGCAGGCAUACACACACACACACACACACAUACACAGACACGCAGCGUCGCGCGGAAUGAUCUCGUCUUUCCUGGAUCGUGUUUAACGACACCACGGACAUUUUUGUAUCACAUCGAGAGGAAAGAAUCCACGAAUAAAACGUGACGGCACCAGUGGAAAUACAAUCUGAAAACUCCAUUUGGUCCUCUGCGCGAGCGUGCGUGCGUGUGUGUGCGCGCGCGAGUUUUUUUUUUUUGUGCGCGCGUUGGCGCGCGCCUGAAUGAGUGUGAGUGUGUGUGAGCGUGUGCUUGCACAGAAAAGCUGAUUGCACUGCAUUGGACUUUAAAACCGCGCUGAUCUCGGACUUUUCUCUCCUCCAGUGCUGUCUGAGAUUGUAUUAUUAUUAUUACUAUUAUUAUUAUUGUUAUUAUUAUUUUGAAACACAUUGUAAUAUCCCCGGAGGGAAAGAUCAGCCUUUUGCAUCUAAAAGAGAUUAAAAAAAGAGAGAAACGAUGGUGAACCCAGGAGGCAGUGCUCAGUCUGCACCAGUUGGAGCUGGUACCAUGUCGUGGAAGCGCUGUGCGGGCUGUGGAGGGAAGAUCGCCGACCGUUUUCUCCUUUACGCCAUGGACAGCUACUGGCACAGCCGCUGCCUCAAAUGCUCAUGCUGCCAAGCACAGCUCGGAGAGAUCGGUACCUCGUGCUACACCAAGAGCGGCAUGAUCCUGUGCAGAAAUGACUACAUCAGGUUAUUUGGGAACAGUGGGGCAUGCAGUGCCUGUGGCCAGUCCAUCCCAGCCAGUGAACUGGUCAUGAGGGCACAGGGCAACGUGUACCACCUCAAGUGUUUCACAUGUUCUACCUGCCGGAACCGGCUGGUCCCCGGAGACCGGUUCCACUACAUCAACGGCAGCUUGUUCUGCGAACACGAUAGACCCACAGCGCUCAUGAACGGCCACUUGAGUUCACUGCAGACGAACCCACUACUUCCUGAUCAGAAGGUGUGUUAGGAGGGAGGAGUUGCUCAAAGCGGGAUGUGUGCCUUCAUUCCAGCCCUCGCUCAUUGUCACUGAAGAUCUCUCAGUCCUGACCUGACCGCCGCCCACACCCUCCUUUCCUAUUCACUUCCGGAGUUGCAGCACUACCCCAGUUUCCCUUUAUGAUAUCCUAGAAUUCCUCUCUAAACCCCCUCCUUACCUGACCUCUGAUCAUAGGCGGAUUCCCAGCGUUGCGGCGCUUCCAAUGGAAAUUUGAGGACUCCAUGACUUACAGGAGACCGAUCAGACCCUGUGGGACUCAAAGACAGUGAAAGAGAGAAAGCGAGAGAAAAAAGAGAGAAAGAAAUGCAGAGAAAAGAGAACUAGACCAAGCAGUAGGACAUUUUGCAUAAGCGAAAGAAAGAGAAAAGGAGAGCGUCAGACAAAUGAAGCUAAUCAGCUGCAGCUUUUCCAAUCGCAGUUCCUACAUUUGUUUGAUAAAUAACAGGGGCAAAACAGACUGUAUUUUUUUCCUUUUUAAUUAUUUUUUUUCUCCUUACUUCCUUAUCUAUUCUCUUUUUCUUCAACGCUCUAUCUCCGCUUUCUAUAUUUUAAAUGUUGUAAAGGGAAUGUGUUUCGUUUUUUUGGGUGAUUCAAGAAUCAAAAAGACUGGGUUCCAAGAAGUAUCUGUGGCUUUUUUUGUGCAAAUUGAAUCAUGAACACUCUUGGUGUAUUUGUAAAACUAUUCAAGUAUGUAUGCAUGUAAAUGUUUUUGUCCCAACGUGGCUACCGUACAUCUUCCACGUGACCCCGCCCCUUCCUUCCGGAACCUAAAACCAUGGCAACGAAGCUCAUAGCUGUCCACUUGUAAAUGCUGAAUGAGAGAGAAAUCUAUUUGUGAUAUUUUCAGAGACAUUGGCUCUAGUAUGGUGUAUUUAAUUAAUAAAAAACUUAAGAUCUAAAAACA